AUGGCGUUCAUGGUGAAGAGCAUGGUUGGGGGGCAGCUGAAGAACCUCACGGGUGGGCUGGGCGGCGAGGAGAAGAGCGAGGGUGAGAAGUCGCCGGCCGAGGCGCAGGGCAUGACCCGCGAGGAGUACGAGGAGUAUCAGCGGCAGCUCGUGGAGGAGAAGAUGGAAAGAGAUGCCCAGUUUGCACAGCGCAAGGCGGAGAGGGCCACCUUCAGGUCUCACUUCCGAGACAAGUAUCGUCUCCCCAAGAACGAGACGGAUGACAACCAGAUCCAGCUGGUGGGAGGAGAUGUGGAGCUGCCCAAGGAGCUGGCCAAGAUGAUCGAGCAGGACAACGAGGAGGAAGAGGAGAAAAACUCGGUGAUUGGGCAGCUCAGCAACAUCCAGAAUCUGGACCUUGACUCGCUCAAGGACAAAGCGUCGGCCACACUCGAGGACCUCAAGCAGUCAGCUGAGAAGUGCGCCGUGAUGUGA